AUGGCGACGGAUGUGGUGGUCGGCGGCGCUGGUGUGGCUGGGGAGGGCGAGAGGCCAAGCGGAGAGGCUAAGUGGUGGAGGCGUCCGCGUGCGAGGCCACAGACCUGCUUUUAUAGGGCGGAGACCGGAGCAGAAGGCCUGGAAUGGAGCUCGGUAAAUGCCAUCAAUGGCGCACGGUUACUGGAGCAAUUGAGAGGAGUUAUUGUGGGAGUGAAGAGGGGUAACGGAGGGGAAGUGAUGGAGGCUGUUACUACUGGCGACUUGAUGGCGCAUUCUCGAGGGAGAGCAGGAGAGGGAACGGUCAGAGCAGCCAUGGCCGGGCGUGCUCAGGGCUCGGCUUCUGCACCUGCAGUCUGCACAAAGAGGAACGCAGGAGCUGAAGGUGGGAGAUGA